UGCUUACAAAGAGGGCUGUUACAGUGCACUACAGAGCAGUUUCAUGUACACUGUCUUCUCAAACGUCUUACAAAAACACUGUUUGUAAGAUUUUAAAAAGGGUAACAUGGGCCAGUUAUCUCUUGUCCUGCUCUUGCUUUCAGCUCAAUGGUCUUGCGCUCAAGAAGACCCUCUUCUGCCUUUCUCUGAACACCUGGACCCCGAGCACAAUGUGCGGCUGAAGUGGGGCUUUGAUGAGAUCCAGGGCACCAUCUUGUUCGAGCUCACUGUCAACACCAGCGGCUGGGUCGGUUUUGGCUUCAGCCCCAAAGGAGGAAUGACUGGAGCCGAUAUCGUCAUUGGAGGAGUUGGACCGAAAGGCAGUUACUUCACGGACCGUUAUGCUGGAGGGAAUUCAUUACCAGUGGUUGACCAACAACAGGACUACAAACUCCAGUCUCUAAUCGAGUCUAAUGGGAAAACAGUCAUGAAGUUUCAGAGAUCCAUUGAGUCUUGUGAUGAAAAUGAUUUACCCAUCACUAAUCUUCCCAUGAAGCUGAUCUAUGCGUACGGACAGAGUGAUGACAUCGUGUACCAUAGUAACCGAAGGGGAACGAAGGAGGUGAACCUGUUGAAGUACAUGCCUCGUGUCAACCCUCCAAACAGCAAGUAUUUCGACGUGACUAUGGUCAAUUUCACUGUACCAGCCAACCAAACCUACUAUCACUGCAAGGUCAUGAAAGCCCCGACUUUUGAUCGCAAACAGCACAUUUAUCGCAUUGAGCCUGUUAUCACAAACUUUGACCUCGUGCAUCAUCUGCUGCUGUACCGCUGCCCUCCGAGUGUGACGGAGCCUCUUGAAGCGGAAUGUUACACAGGCAAAGGGGAAGAGUGUAUGGAGACCGUUGCUGUGUGGGGAGUUGGCGGAGGGGCUUUUGAACUCCCUGAGAUGGCAGGACUUCCAAUUGGAGGAAAUGUUGUUGAUUUUUUCUACAGGCUUGAAGUGCAUUACAACAACCCAAAUAAAAAUGCAGGUCGAGUUGAUAACUCAGGUCUGCGAUUCUACUACACAUCUGAACUCCGUCAGCAUGAUGCAGCUAUUCUGAUGACAGGGCUUGCCGUGUACCCUGGGUACGCCAUCCCACCCAAAGCCAAAUCCUUCCUCACAUACGGCCUGUGUGACACUGCAUAUAUUCCACAGGUUCUGGAGACGCCACAUGAUCUUCAGGUGUUCUCUGUGAUGAUGCACACACACUUGGCUGGACGGAAGGUGCAAGUUGGACACUUUAGAGGGGGAAAACAGAUCGAUUUUCUAGCUGUGGAUGAAAACUACAGUUUUGAAUAUCAGGAAGUGACAAACUUGGGAAAAACUAAGACAGUGCAGUUGGGUGACCAAUUGCUGGUGGAGUGCACAUAUAACACUGAAAACCGCAACACACUCACGUGGGUUAGUACAUUAGUGCAUUUACAUAGAGGCUAGUGUCUUUUAUUCAACAAAAUGUAGUUUCAGUGUUGGGGAAAGUUACUUUAAAAAAUGCAUUACAGUAUUGCAUUACUCCCUGAAAAAAGCAUAGCUAAUUACUAAUUAAUAGUUUCCCUUUUUAUGGAAAGUAAUGUAUGCUACUUUUACAUUACUUUUUCUCAGCUGCUUCCUUGUUUGUUUUAUGUUUGGCCAUUGAAAAGACCAUAAGUUGGCACUGUACAACGUAAGCAUUGACGUACAUUUGAGUCAAUGAGACUGAGGGAAGUAAAUGAGUGAAGGGCAUAAAAAAACAAACUGGAAAUGUGAUAAUUCCCACUUCUGAAGUCGUGAUUACGAACUCAUCGCAUUCAAGUUUCGAAAUGGGAAGGCGUUCAUGUGCAAUUUUUACUUAGGAAAUUUCUAUUUACGAUAUUCUGAGAGCACAUGAAGGCAGUAAUAAACAAUAAACAAUAA